AUGGCUGCCCACGUAUACGCAAUCGAGGGUGGUUCCUUUGUUCUCUUCGUCUCUCAUACGAAGGGAGAGAAGAGGCUGAAGUCUAAUGGUCUGAGUAUGGAGUCGGAGCCGACGGAUAGCACUUCCCAUGUAUCCGCUAUCGGAUGUAGCUUCAGCCAGAUUAUCGCCCCCGAAGGUCGAUCCCUAACGGGGCCCGUUGACCCUACCUUCGAGGGUCUCAUCUAUGCUGACCUGGAAUUCAACGAGAUGGAUUAUGCGAAAAACAUCGUUGACCCUCUUGGGCAAUGUUCAAGGACCGAUAUGUUUAUUCUUCAUGUUGAUAACGAAGUCAAGCACCAUUGUGUCUACAAGAGUGAUGAGGAGCAGGACUACAAUCAUGCCUCUAGAUUCCGUGAUGUUGACUUGAAGGAAGCCGGCAGAAAGGGUAAGGCGCCCAAUUAUUAA